UACAAAUUACACAUGUACGUUUUCUGGUUUUGCCAUUAUAAAAGUAUCACAACUUGUAAUAUGGGCACCUGUGUAAUCAAAUCAACAAACAAAUCAUGAUGUCGAAGUAUGUUCAAGAAAUGUCCAUUGAUGGGGACGAACCCCCUCCAAGUUUCACUACCAAAGAAAUCCUGGAUCCUUCUCCUCCAUUAACUUCAAUUCCUAUCAUUGAUCUCAGCUUACUAUCUUCACCAUCUUCUCAACAAAUUCAAGAGCUUCAAAAACUUAAAGAAGCUCUCGGUUCUUGGGGUUGCUUUCAGGCUAUAAAUCAUGGGAUUUCGGGCUUAUUCCUGGACAAAGUACGAGAAGUGACUAAGCAAUUCUUUGCACUUCCGACAAUGGAGAAACAGAAGGUUGGUCAGGGAGUGGAUGAUAAUCAAGGAUAUGGAAAUGAUCCUGUUCAUGAUUGGGUUGAUCGUCUGCUUCUUAGGUUAAUCCCUUAUGAAUCAAGAAAUCUUAAUGUUUGGCCAACCAAUCCAACCGAAUUCAGGGAAAUAUUGAGUGAAUAUUCAGAAAAAGUGAAAGAAAUCGUGGAGCUUCUACUUAAGGCUAUGGCAAGAUCAUUGAAUAUAGAAGAGGAUAGUUUCUUGAAACAAUAUGAGAAACAAGAACAAAUGGCAGUAAGGUUUAAUUACUAUCCUAAAUGUCCGAAACCGGAGUCGGUUCUUGGUUUUAAAGCUCAUUCAGACAGAUCAGUCAUCACAAUUUUGUUACAAGACGCAGAAGUAGAAGGUCUUCAAAUGUUCAAAGAUGAUCAAUGGUAUAGAGUUCCAAUUAUUCCUCAUGCUCUUGUUGUUAAUGUGGGUGAUCAGUUGCAGAUAAUGAGCAACGGUAUAAUGAAGAGCCCAAUGCAUAGGGUGUCAACAAAUUCAGAAAGGAAUAGAAUAUCAGUGGCAACGUUCCACUCGCCAAAUGCAGAAGUGGAGAUAGAGCCACUUCAGAAUUUGAUUGAUGAAGAGAGACCUCAACAAUACAGGAAGCUCAAAAAUUAUGCUGCAUUCAGCUACGCAUGCUUCCAAUCUGGCAAAAUUCCUCUGGAUUUAGUGAAGAUAUGACUCUUAAUUAUCAUCUUUUGUUUACAACUAAUGAGCAUGCAUCCUUUGUUUUCAAUAAAUAAUCGUCUUUUGUUUUCUAUUUCAAACUCGAAUUUCAUCUCUUAAUCUUCAAAAUACUUGCAGCAAGAA